UCACCAUUCCCGUUUUUUUUUUUUUCCUUUCUUCUCCUAAUCGCCGACGAUAGUCUCUUUCGUCCGGCGAAAGCUAGUUUUGUCUCUUCAAAUCCCCAUAGAGCAACUUAACUCUUCAUCGCCAUGUUUCCACUGAAUCUCGUUUUUCUCCGUAGUGAUCAAGCUAUUCUUUAGAUUAUUCCUUGUCCAUCUUCGUGUUUUGAUCGAUUUCAGAAUCUGAAAUCUCCGUCUGUUGCUGUCUCUGAUUUUUCCAUACCCUUGUAGAUUUUCAAAGAUGAAAUGUGAUUUCUGAUCUCUGUUCAUUUCAAAUCGACGGCGAUCGUUGAAUUUAUUGGUCGGAUUAGUUUGAUGAAUGUGUGUGUGUAAAGGGGUUGACGAAAUAGCUGUUGUGCUUGUAUAAAAAUCUCAGAGUUUGUUUGCUUUGCUUUUUUUUCUUCUUCUUUGGUUGAAUUUUUGAGAUUGAUGCUGGAUCUCAAUCUCGACGUCGACUCGACCGAGUCUACUCAGAACGGACGAGAUUCGGUUACUGUUAAAGGGGUUUCUUUGAAUCAGAUGGAUGAAUCGGUGACGUCGAACUCUUCCGUUGUUAAUGCUGAGGCAUCUAGCUGCAUCGAUGGUGAAGAAGAGCUGUGUUCCACUAGAACCGUCAAGUUUCAAUUUGAAAUACUGAAAGGUGGAGGAGAAGAAGAUGAAGGCGAAGAUGAUGAUAAUGAUGACAGAAGUGCCCUGAUGAUGACUAAGGAUUUUUUCCCUGUUCCUAGAGACGGCAUUAAUUUUAUGGAUUCGAGCGCACAAAGCUCCAGGAGCACCGUUGAUAUUUCCUUCCAGAGAGGGAAACAAGGCGGAGACUUUGUUGGCAGCGGAAGCGGCGGUGGCGACGCUGCACGGGUGAUGCAGCCACCCUCACAGCCGGUGAAGAAAAGCAGGAGAGGUCCUAGGUCUAAGAGUUCGCAGUAUAGAGGUGUCACUUUCUACCGGAGGACCGGGAGAUGGGAAUCGCAUAUCUGGGAUUGCGGCAAACAAGUUUAUUUAGGUGGAUUUGAUACUGCCCAUGCUGCAGCUAGGGCUUAUGAUCGAGCUGCUGUCAAGUUCCGGGGUCUGGAGGCUGACAUCAAUUUCAUUAUCAGCGAUUAUGAAGAGGAUCUCAAGCAGAUGGCAAACCUUUCCAAAGAGGAAGUUGUGCAAGUACUUCGGCGGCAGAGCUCUGGUUUCUCAAGGAAUAAUUCAAGAUAUCAAGGAGUUGCUUUGCAAAAGAUUGGCGGGUGGGGAGCUCAAAUGGAGCAAUUUCAUGGAAACAUGGCUUGUGACAAGGCAGCUAUACAAUGGAAUGGAAGGCAAGCUGCUUCCUUCAUUGAGCCUCAUGGAUCCCGGAUGAUUCCCGAGGCAGCUAAUGUUAAGCUUGACCUCAACUUGGGAAUUUCUCUUUCACUGGGAGAUGGUCCAAAACAAAAAGAUAGGACACACCGGCUUCACCAUGUCCCUAACAGUAUCAUAUGUGGAAGAAACACCAAGAUGGAGAACCACAUGGCUGCAGCGUCAUGUGAUACGCCUUUCAAUUUCUUGAAGAGGGGUUCAGACCAUCUUAAUAACCGGCAAGCCCUUCCUUCUGCAUUCUUUUCACCCAUGGAAAGAACACCCGAGAAAGGUCCAAUGUUACGUUCUCAUCAAAGCUUCCCAGCCAGGACAUGGCAAGGGCAUGAUCAGUCCAGUGGUGGGACCGCUGUAGCAGCUACAGCACCGCAACUGUUCUCAAAUGCAGCAUCAUCAGGAUUCUCACUCUCAGAUACACGCCCACCUUCAUCGCCAGCUACUCCUCAAUCUUCUCAGCCCUUCGUCAAUCUGAAUCAUCCCGGUCUCUAUGUUAUCCACCCAUCUGAUUACACAACUCAGCACCACCACCACAAUCUCAUGAACCGCUCACAACCACCACCAUAGCUUCCUCCUUCCUACAUCUAAUCAAGGUUCUAGACAACCCUGAAGUUGGAAUAACUUGGAUCCAACCGUGGAAGGCCAGCCAAUACGACGAUGUCUCUUAAAAUCUAUAUUGCACUUAUUGUCACUGUGUGGUUAUCUUUCUGCUUAUAAUUUGUAACAUAAACUGAGGGAUAAUACCAAAAUAGAAACCCUAUCCCAUUUGUAAUUUACUAUAUUGUCUCUGAGAUUAAUCCAUACAAUGUAAGUACAAUGCAUUUUAUUUGUAUGAAGCUACUGGGAUACUUAUCA